UUAACAGCACAUGUUAAACUGUUUUGUUUAUAUGUAGUAAUAUUAAUUAUAUACUUCCUUUAAUGAAUUAAGAAUUAGUAUAGUUUUAAAUAAGUAAAUUUAAAACAUUUUACGAUGCGUGAACUUUGAUUUUAAAUAAAAAUAUCUAUCUUUUAUACUCAAAUUAUCAUGAAUAUUUCUAUUAGACUAGCAUCGGAAAAAACUAGACAUGGCAUAUUAAAGCCUACAUCAAAUCCUCCUGUUAUAUUUACGCCUGGUGAAAAAAUUCGUGAAGAAGUUGGAUUUAUGAGAGGUCAUGGAACUUAUGCAUCUAAAGGUUCAUUAAAAGCUACUGUAGCAGGGGUUGAACAAAAUAUUAAUAAACUAGUAACCAUUAGCCCGUUACGAUGUCGCUACAAUGGAGAAAUUGGCGAUGUUGUUGUAGGUCGUGUUACCGAGUUGAUUCAUAAACGUUGGAAAAUAGAAAUUAAUUCAAGGCUCGAUGCUGUACUGUUAUUAACAUCAAUACAAUUACCAGGAGGAGAAUUAAGAAGAAGAGGAAUGGAAGAUGAACAAUCUAUGCGAAGUUAUUUAAGUGAAGGUGAUCUUAUAAGUGCUGAAGUUCAUUCUAUGUUUGCUGAUGGAUCAUUAUCAUUACAUAUGAGAAGUUUAAAAUAUGGAAAAUUGGAACAGGGAGUAUUAGUUAAAGUACAAUCAAACUUAAUUAAGCGCAGUAAAAAUCAUUUCCAUAAUUUAUCAGCUGGUGUUAGUGUUAUACUUGGAAACAAUGGUUAUGUAUGGAUUGAACCGACAAAUGAUAAAAAAAAAGAUGGUGGUAGUAUGGAUGUAGAUCUUCAACAAGUUGUUGAAAUUGGAGACAGACAGAUAAUAUCUAGAGUACGUAAUAUUAUACUAGCUUUAUCAUAUUACAAAAUGUUAAUAUAUGAUACUAGUAUACAAUAUGCCUUAGAAGAAUCAACAAAGUAUACUGUUGCAGACUUAUUGACUGCUGAGGCUUGUUAUGAUGUUGCUAAUCUUACACGUCACCGAUUACAAGCCAUGGAUGAAUAAUUUAAAAAAAAUGAAAUAAUAUUAAGUACAUAUAAAAUGCAUUAUUCACAAAAAGAAUUAAGGAAAUUCUGUGAUAUGUUUUCUAAAAGAAAAAACUAUGAAUAAAUUUAUUAAGAAAAAAUGUAUAAAUGAUUAUUUUCCUUUAAAUUUUGAAUAUAACAUUAAAAUACUAGUGUGUUUUCAUCGUAUAAUUUGAAUUUAAAAAAAAUGUUUGUAUAAAAAAACAUUGAAUUAAAUUAUUUAUUUAAUCACUCAAA